ACGGGGAGAGACCGGGAAAUAGUAUCGCCCCAAUUUUAAGGUAAACAACUCCGCAAAAAUGGCGACCCCAGCAGUAAGAUUUAAACCAAGGCCGCCGGACAGAGGGAGCUUUCCUAUUGACCACAAUGGUGUUUGUAAGAACUUUAUGAAUGAGUACAUGGAAUGCCUGUCAAAUAACAAUUAUGACAACAGUAAAUGUAGGGAGCAGUCAAAAGUAUACCUGCAGUGCAGGAUGGAGAACCAGCUGAUGGAAAAGGAAAACUGGAAACGACUUGGCUAUGCGGAUCUCGUGAAUACAGAAAGUGGAGACACAUGAAACUUUAAAAAAAAUAAACAAUGCAGCCUCCUGCAGUUUUGUGAUAUAACAUUUCUGUGUUAGACAUGACUUAAGUUGUCCUCAUCUGAAGAGUCUGCUACAGCAACAUUAGAGAAGAUUAAUAACAAUUACCACACUAUUAUUGAUAUUUAUUAGACAUUGUUUAUAUUUUGAUUGACAAGCCACCAUUUUCUACAAAAUGUUUUCACUUUAAUGUUUCCUAAAAUUGUCAUGGUCCAGAAAUUAAUCCAAAUUUGACUUGGGGCCAACACUCAAAAGCAUUUUUAACUACAUGACCUGUCCCCAAUUUCUCAAAGCAUCUUCUACCACAUAGCCUGAUUACUUGCUUUAACCAACCAAAAAUAUGGCCACUGUCAAAGGAAUAAUUUCCUUUGAAGUCUCAAACUUUUUUUGAAAGAAAGAAACCACAGAUUGUGUUUCAAAAGAUAAGAAGCUCGAUCUUGUUAAAGACGAUUGUGCAAGUAAAUUGGGGACUGGCAUUUAAACCAUGACAAUCUAGUGAACUUCUGGUUCAUGUCUGUUGUUUUGUAUCAAUUAGCAAGCAUUUGUGGUCCAUAUAAAAUAUCUAUUCUAAAUAAAUUGUUGAAAACUC